CACGAUGGCUCCUUUUUAACGGGAGCAGCUGUUUUCCCUCGCAACUUCGCUCGCAGCCCCCCGAGCACGGCUCGAUGCCUCCCUCCCGAAAGGCGCACGCUGCUCCAGCCAGCUGCAGCGCCGGCUGCCCCGGCGGCUGGCAUUAGCUGCGACGAGGCAUUGUUCCCCCGCUGCCUCUCGGGCGCGUUUAAAGGCUGAAAUAUCACGAGAUCCACCCAGUGAAGCCUUUGCUAAUUCGAGGGACGAAAUGUAAUUCGCUCUAGCUCCGGUUUCUCGGACGGGAAGGCUCUCCUUAGCUUCCCGAGGGGAGAAGUAGCCACCGCGGUUUCGUGCACACAUGGAUUAAGUUGAACAGCGGCGAUUUUUUACGUCUGCGCGGAGAGCAACAGUAGUCCAGGGCUGACUUUCCUAAAUCUCUGCCCUCCGAGUUAGAGGCUCCCUUCAAUAGACUUCCUCAAUUUCCGGAUGCACUCCUCGAAAUUCCCAGGUCUCUCUAAAAUUCCUGCGAAACUGGGGGCUCGCCUGCAUUUCGCCUUGGCAUGCGAGGCUGCCUUUUUGGCAGGGCGAUCGCGCUCUUUAUUUUAGCUCUACCUGACGGGGUAACGCGAACUCCCCGCACCAUGUUGCCAAUACACGGAGUGGAUAUUGACAUUCGGAAUUGAAGCCUUUUUUUUUUUUUUCCUCCUUCCCUCUCUUUUUUUUUUUUUUUUUUGCCAAGUCCCAGAAAUCUGAGAUGUCUCAUUAAUCUCACGGAUAUGUCUUAUUCUGGAUGUGCAGCGAUACAUGAAAGUGCUCGUGUUUGCAGCCAGUUGAGCGCUGGAUGCACGGCAGAGCUUGGUGGUUUUUUAUUUUUAUUUUUAUUUUGCAGCGCCUAACGUGCAAACCGCGAGCAUCAUUUCAGUGUGACAAGGAAGAGGCACGCAGCUAUCGCAACAUUUUUCGAAAUCAUCGUGGCUGACACUCGAAUAAUUUCACGUUCCUACGAAGAGGUUAAACCUUCGUGCUGCUUCUCCGAAUUGAUUUUAGGGGGCUGCUGUAAAUGGAACAUCAAAAAGCUGCGGCAGGGCUACCCCGAGCUGAAGAUGCAAACUGCAGAGCAGGAGCAUCCUAGCCCGUUGCAGUGCCGUACAUUGUGUGUGCCAGCACUUUUUUGUCAUUACGUAAAGCCUCUUGGAAGCACCUUGGAUAUUUCGCAUUCUCCUUUCUCUGCUGGAAGCAAUCAGCACGCAGGAAUCCUGACGUGGGCUCGGGGACUAUAGGGCAUUCCAGCUCGUGAUCCGGCGCGGUUAAUUGUGAAAAGUGUAUACAUUUCUGGCUUAUCUAUGCUUUGUUAUGGGUCUGACGUGAGCCCACGUCCUCCUCCUCCCCCCUCCCGCAACAUUACAGGCAGGAUUUCGGUUAAAAGUGGUACAGUGGCGCGGUGCGGGGACCCGCGAUAUCCAGGCAGCAAAAUAACCUUAGUCCCCGGCUGUAAAAAGCUAAUUAAGCAGAAGAGGAAAAUCAAGAGAAAGUCGAAAAUGUAAGUAUUCCCUCUCGUUAACAGCCGAGCCUUUAACUUCGGAGCUCCAGGAAGGGAAAUACCAGGCUGUUCUGCACGUUUUCGCUAAGCUUCGCUUUCCGCACAAUGCAGAAUAAAAUACCAGCUGAAAACGGUUACGUUACCGAAGAAUUUUCCACCGCCACGACCAGACUUAUGUCCUUUAAAACCACGGCGUGCACAAAAGAGCACCGUUCGGCCAAAAGAGCCUGAAAAUACACGAAACGACACGGGAAAAAGCGUGCAAAUCCUUCGUCUGGAGCUAGCGAGGAGGAAGUCUGAGAGGUCUGAGUGUAUUUGAGCUCAGAUUGUUUAAUAGAAAGAUUUAUAUACUAACUGUAUUAUUUACUUUGGGAGGGGAGGUGGCAGUAUAAGGGUAUGCUAAUUAGUGGGAGAUUUUUUGGGGGAAGGGGUGGAAUAUCAAUUUUUAUUGCAUCACCUGUCAGGAGUGUCCAAUCAGCGUUGGCUUUAGGGGAAUUAAUUGAUGAAGGUGUCUCCGGACGAGCUCACUUCACUCUGUCAUUUUAUUUGUAGCUAAAGCAGCGGCGGGAAUAGCAGCUGCAUUUCUUUUCUCUUCCUCCCUUCACAUUCCAUUAUCAUAGUUUCCAAUGGAAAAGCAGGGAAUGAAAGGGAACAGGUACUGAUCUUCAGCAGCAACUUAGAGAAACACUUUGGCAAACCUGAUUUUUAAGAUUAUACACCGAUUGUAGUCUCACGGGCUUUUUUUUUUUUUAAUUUAUUUUUUUUUCUUUUUUAAUUUCGUCUAAAGUUUGGCACUUCAUUCACCAGGAAUAACAGCCUUUGUUAUAUUUUAUUAGCAGGAUGCCUUGAGACAAAUACAGCAUCUGGCUGAGGAUUGUGUGUGUGUGGCUUUUUCUUUUUUUUUUUUUUUCCUUUUUUUUUUUCCUCUCUCUCUCUCUCUGCAAAUGCUGGGAAUAAUUUAAUUCACGAAAUGGGAGACCUGAAGUCGGGUUUUGAAGAGGUGGAUGGCGUGAGGCUCGGCUACCUCAUCAUUAAAGGAAAGCAAAUGUUUGCACUCUCCCAGGUUUUUACAGACCUGCUCAAAAACAUCCCGAGAACUACCGUGCACAAGCGAAUGGAUCAUUUAAAAGUCAAAAAGCAUCACUGCGACCUGGAGGAGUUGAGGAAACUCAAAGCCAUCAACUCCAUCGCCUUCCACGCCGCCAAAUGCACCCUGAUCUCCAGAGAGGACGUGGAAGCCCUGUACACAUCCUGCAAAACCGAGCGGGUCCUCAAGACGAAACGGAGGAAAAUCGGCCGGGCCCUGGCCUCCAGCGACCUCCGGCCGGAGCCCGCUCCCGCCGACCCCUUCUGCGGCUUCUGGAAGGAGAACAAACUUUGGCUGGGGCUCAGCGACCCCCCCCGGCCCCUGCUGCCGCUCCGGAGGAAAGCCUUGCGGCCGGGGGCCGCCGCCUCGCUGCCGGCCUCUCACCUACCUCACAUUUUUAGUAAAUACACUGGCCACAGCCACCCAGACCUCGCCCGGGCGCCUCGCAAACCCCCCGCUCACUAUGAAACGGCGCCGGCGGCGGGCGGCUCCCCGCGGCUGCCGCUGCCGCUGCCGCCCGGCUUCGGGCCCCCGCCGCCGGGGCCGCCGGGGCCGCCGCCUCCGGCCGCCGCCGGCUUCGCCGAGAGCGGCAGCAGCGACUCGGAGUCCAGCUGCUGCUCCGGCCGCGCCGCCCACGACUCGGACUGCGGCUCCAGCCUGUCGAGCUCGAGCGAGGGCAGCUCGGAGGAGGAGGACGAGGAGGAGGAGGAGGAGGACGAGGAGGGCAGCGGCGGCUCGGAGUCCAGCGAGGGCAGCUCGGAGGAGGAGGAGGAGGAGGAGGAGGAAGAGGAGGAGGAGGAGGAGGAGGAAGAGGAGGAGGAGGAGGAGGAGGAGGACAGCACCUCGGACUCCGACUCCAGCUCGGUCUCCAGCCAGGUCUCGGUGCAGAGCAUCCGCUUCAGGCGCACCAGCUUCUGCAACCCGCCCGGCGUGGUCCACGCCAACUUCUUGUACCAUCUGGCCGCCGCCGCCCCCCGGCCCCCGGCCCCGGCCCCGGCCCCGGCCCCGGCCCCGGCCCCGGCCCCGGCCCCGGCGGAGCCCGGCGGGCCGCCCGCCCUCCGCGCCGCUCCCGGCGGAGCCGAGCCCGAGCCGCCGGAGGAGUGGGGCCGCCCCGGCUGGGCUCCCGCCGGCCCGGCGCUGCUGUGCUGCUCCGGCGGCCUGGGGAGCUGCUUCGCGGAGAUAAGAGCUGAUAGGGUAUCUGAGCUCACAUUCCCACACUCUGAAUUUUCCAAUAAUGCCAAGAGUACUGACCUAACAAUUAACUGUGUUGCAAAGGGGGCCUCUUCACCUAGCCCAAAGACAAACAAUGCAUUUCCACAACAAAGAAUACUCAGAGAGGCAAGGAAAUGCCUUCAAGCAACUACUACACACUGUGCAGAUAACAAUACAAUAGCUGCUAGGUUCUUAAAUAAUGAUUCUUCAUCAGCGGCUGCAAAUUCAGAGAAAGAUUCCAAAAUCCCUCAUUGUAUUGAAUUUGCCACGGAUUUGCCCUCUUUACAAACUGAUCCUGAGGAGGAUGCUGCUUCUCCAGGGGCAGCAGCAGCUGAGCUCCAGUGCACUGAUACAGGCAAUAAGGCAUUGCCAUUCCUGCACAGCAUUAAAAUCAAAAUAGAGGACAGCAGUGCGAACGACGAGUAUGAGCCUGACCUUACAACACAUAAGCUAAAGUGUGAGUGCAAUGAUACUAAGGAUGAGUUUUACGGUGUGACUGAGAGUAAUAACCAGGACGCUUUAUUAACAGCCAAGGAAGAUUCUGCAUGCACUGAGAAAGAAACCACUUCCUUAAACCCGCUGACUCAGAGUCAGGUCCUCUCAUGCACUUUAGGUACUCCAAAACCUGAGGAUGGGGAGUAUAAAUUUGGAGCGAGGGUGAGAAAAAAUUACAGGACACUGGUUUUGGGAAAGCGACCUGUACUGCAGACUCCUCCAGUCAAACCAAAUUUGAAAUCAGCUCGAAGCCCACGUCCUACAGGUAAAAUUGAGACACAUGAAGGAACACUGGAUGAUUUUACAGUUAACAAUAGACGCAAAAGGGUAGCCAGCAAUGUAGCAUCAGCAGUGAAAAGGCCAUUUAAUUUCAUGGCAAAUUUUCCCUGUCCACCAUCACUAAUUAUUGGCAAUGACGGGGAUUUGUUGCCAGCUUAUUCCUUAAACACCACUAAGGAUUCCCAACCACCUCACAAGGCCCAUCCUGUAUGGAAAUGGCAGCUGGGCGGUUCUGCAAUACCUCUUCCACCUAGCCACAAAUUCAGGAAAUUUAAUUAA